CGCUCCCAGGCUUAGGGGGUUGGCACUGCUGCUGCUGUCAGCGCCGCUGAGAGCUGGGCGGAGAACGCGGGAGAGCUUCCCCGCCAUGGAUUCUGUGAUGUUUGAAGACGUUGCUGUGGACUUCACCCAGGAAGAGUGGGCCUUGUUGAACCUGUCUCAGAAGAAACUCUUCAGAGAUGUGAUGCUAGAAACCUGCAGGAACCUCACUGCUAUCGGCCACAAAUGGGAAGACCAGAAUAUUGAAGACCGUUAUAAGAGAUCUGGAAGAAAUCUAAGACGUUCCAUGAUUAAGACAAUCUGUGAGCAUAAAGAAGAUCGUCAGGAUGGAGAAACUUCCAUGUGCAUAGCAAAUGCCACUAUGAGCAUGAAAAUUUCUAAUGAGAGAACACCAUGUGGACACAGUGUGCGUGAAAAGGUUUCCAUGAGUCAUUCACCCUUUAAUAACCAUCCUACUUCUCACUCUCAACAUAAACCAUAUGAGCAUGAGGAGUAUGGAACCAAGCCACAGAACUCUAACUCUCUCACAAGCUGUCAAAGACAUAUGAGAACUCACACUGUGAAUGGAUCUUCUGAACUAAAGACUUCUUUACAACCUUGUGGACUACCAAGUUCAUUGGGAAUACAUCAAGAAAUGCAAAGUGCAAAGAAGUUUUAUCAAUACAAGAAAUGUAGAAAGACCUCUGCUGAUGUGAAUUCAUGUAACACACUUGGAGAAACUCAAACUCUAAGAAAAUAUUACCAGUGUAAUAUAUGUGGUAAAUAUCUGUGUUCCUCCACUUCUCUUCUAGGACAUAAAAGAAUUCAUAGUGGUGAAAAACCCUAUGAAUGUAAGCAAUGUAAUAAAGCCUUUAGAUUUCCUAGUUCCUUACAGUUACAUGAAAGAAUUCAUAGUGAUGAAAAACCCUAUGAAUGUAAACGAUGUGGUAAGGCCUUUAGACAACUCAAUAACCUUAAAGUACAUGAAAGAAUUCACACUGGAGAAAAACCUAAGGAAUGUAAGCAAUGUGGUAGAGCCUUUAGACAUGAUGGUAAUCUUCAGAGACAUGAAAAAAAUCAUAUUGUAGUAAAAUCCAAGGAAUGUAAACAAUGUGGUAAAGCCUUUAGACGUUACAGCCAACUUCAAAGACACGAAAGAAUUCAUACUGGAGCCAAACCCUAUGAAUGUAAACAAUGUGGAAAAGACUUUACAAGUCGCAGUAAUCUUCAAAGACAUCAAAAAAUUCAUACUGGAGAAAAAUGCUAUGAUUGUAAACAGUGUGGUAAAGCCUUUAGAUAUCACACUACACUUCAAGUACAUGAAAAAAAUCAUAGUGGAGAAAAACCCUAUACAUGUAAGCAGUGCGGAAAGACCUUUAGCUGGCACAGUAGUCUAAAGUUACAUGAAAAACUUCAUACUGGAGAAAAACCCAAGGAAUAUAAACCAUGUGGUAAAGUCUUUAGAUACGAUUCUCAUGUUCAAAGUCAUGGAAAAAUUCAUAAUGGAGAGAAACCCUUUGAAUGUCAACAAUGUGGAAAAGCCUUUAGAUAUCACCGUUAUCUUCACAGACAUGAAAAAAUCCAUACUGGAGAAAAACCAUAUGAAUGUAAACAAUGUGGCAAAACCUUUAGAGAAUACUAUAAUCUUCAGUCACAUGAAAAAAUUCAUACUGGAGAAAAACCCUAUGAAUGUAAACUAUGUGGUAAAGCCUUUACACAUCACAGUGAUCUUCGAAAACAUGAAAAUAUUCAUACUGGUGAAAAACACUAUGAAUGUAAACAGUGUGGUAAAGCUUUUACAAGACACAAUAGUCUUCAUAUACAUGAAAAAAUUCAUUCUGGAGAAAAACCUUAUGAAUGUAAAAAAUGUGGUAAAGCCUUUACACAUCACAGUUAUCUUCAAAAACAUGAAAAAAUUCAUACUGGAGAAAAACCUCAUGAAUGUAAACGAUGUGGUAAGGCCUUUAGAUGUUACAGUGAUCUUCGAAGGCAUGAAAAUAUUCAUACCCUAGAAAAGCAGUAUGACUGUAAACAGUGUGGUAAAGCUUUUACAUGUCAUCGUUAUCUUAAAAAACAUGAAAAGUAUCAUACUGGAAAAAAAUUCCAAUAGAUGUAAAUUGUGUGUAAAGCCUUUGUCACCAUUAUCUUCAGUCACUUGAAAGAAUUCAUACUAGAGAAAGUCUUAUGAAUAUAAAAUAUGUGAUAAAGCCUUUACACAUCACAGUAAUCUUCGAAAACAUGAAAAAAUUUGAUAAUACAAAAAAAAAA